CUUGGACCUUGACGAUGGCUACUGCAGCUGUCGCUUCCUCUUCCGACUCUGCCUCUGAUUGGGGUCAACCGGAGACUUCGGUCCAUCAACCUCGUCCAGGGGCAAGGUCUAAGGCAGUCGUCCGGGACGACUGGGAAGACGAGGAGGACGAGGAAUCCCCCAAUGAUGAGGCGAAUAAGAGAAUAUGGGAGAAAGCUGAUUCCAAAGCCCCAACGCCGAUGCCAGUAGUCAGUACAACUUCAUCGCGGUCUGUCACGUCUCCGCCGCCUCCAGGUGCCUUCCAGCCAGCUUUGAAGAUAUUAAAGCGUCCCACAAGCGCAAUAAAUGUUCAUCCUAGAACUCCUUCGCCUGCAUCCUCAGAGUCACUAAAGGAACGAGAAGCGAGGUAUCAGGAGGCUAGGAGUAGAAUAUUUGGUGACGCCGACUCUGGAUCGGAGUCGAAACUUUCACUGGCGACAAAUAUUACUCGAAAUCCAUAUGGACCAAGCUCCUCGCAGGCGUCCGCUGCAGAUGGCUUUGGCAAACGAGGAGCACCUGCUCCUCCCAGUGCCAGAGAGUCUCUAAAGUAAGCCAUAUCGUUUUUGGUCCUUGUGGACAAGUACAAGUUCAUGCUGUACGAUUCUGUAUGUAUUUCUUAGUCUUUGUUGUAUAAUGGUACUGUCACUUUAUAGUUGGCGAUAGAUGGAGCUGUCAUAUCUGAAUGUGCAUGAUAGCAUGACCAUGGUGUUACCAAUGGGUACGUAGUGAUACGCUGAUAGUGGUUGCACAAAUGCGUUUCACAGGGAAAUGCGGACCACGGAGCCGGU